UCUAACAAUAUUUUAAAAUGCAUCUUAUCACCCCAGCCUCUUCUGCAGAUGUGGAAUUUGCAUAUUUUAUCUGUAGCUUACUAUGUUUGUGGAACUGUAAAAGCACGGUCUCCAGAGAGAAUACUUUUGUGAUUCUUCUUUGGAAUCCAAAGGACAGUUAUAAUUGCUCUCUAGGCAUCUAAGGAAAGGAGAAAGGCAAGAACUGGCCUUGUGAGCUGGAGAGAUUUGAUUUAAUAUGCAAAGGACUACUGUACAACUUUCUGGGGCCACAAUGAGUUCACCUGAAGAGGCUGAAAAUAUCAAUAUGAUGUUUCAUCAUCAACAUUCAUUUAUAACCUCAAAAAUCAUAUUUACUGCAAGUGAGCUGGGUGUCUUUGAUUUGCUGAGGGAGUCGGGGGAACUGCUGUCAUCUGCGACUGUGGCCGAGCGCUUGAAGACCAGUCUCACCGGGAUGCAGAUGCUGCUGGAGGCCUGCGUGGGGUUAAAGGUCCUGAAAGUGGAAUGGAAGGAGGGCAAAGGUCUUUAUGGAAACACAGAGUUUGCUGAUCUUUUUCUGGCUAAAUCAAGCUCAAAGUCUCAGUAUUAUUCCAUGAAGUUCUAUUCAGAAAUUCUAUAUCCAGCAAUGCAAUAUUUGCCUGAAGCUGUGAGGGAUGGGAAAUCUCAGAUUCUAUCAAUAUUUGACAAGUCUUCAAAGGAAUUUUAUGGACCUCUAUACAGUUCAAUGGAAGGCAUUGAAAGCUUUUUAAAGUUCAUGAGUGAGGCUUGGAGUCUGUAUGGAAAAGAUGUGGUCUCUGCCUUUGAUCUUUCUGGUUUUCAGCUCAUUUGUGAUGUGGGUGGAAGCAGUGGUGGCUUAGCUAAGGAAUUGGUUUCAGUAUAUCCAAAUUGUACCGUGAAACUUUUCGAUCUUCCUGGAGUUGUGGAAAUAUCAAAAAAAUAUAAUGCAUUUUCAGAUGACUCUCAGAUCUCUUUCCAUGAAGGGGAUUUUUUUAAUGAUCCAAUUCCUGAAGCAGAUCUUUACAUCAUUUCAAGAGUCUUGUAUAACUGGAGUGAUGAAAAGUGCAUCCAGCUGCUAACAAAAGUGUUUACAGCCUGUAAGCCAGGUGGUGGAGUCCUGGCAGUUGACCCAAUUAUUGAUGACAAAAUAUGUGGGUCGCUUCCUGCUCAUUUGUACUGUAUCAUAAUGUUGGUUAUAUCUGAAGGAAAAUCACGAAAAGAAUCGGAGCAUCGAAUGCUCUUCCAAACUGCUGGCUUUAAAGAUAUUCAGUUUAAGAAAGGAAAUAUCUAUGAUGUCCUUUUGGCCAGAAAAUAAUAUUCAACAUGCUUAAUUCUGACUAAAUGUUAAAUAAUUCAAAU